CGGUGAUUGGUUGUCACGUGCUGAGGCUGCAGCAGGUUAGGCUGUCUUGUGUUUGUGUGACGCGCGACACACAGCACAUGUAUAGAGAGGCCAGGCUGCCAUGCUCUGUGUAUGAUGUCUCGUAGGCCUCCAGGUGAUGGCGCUGCCCACUUCCCGCGUGCUGCUGGGGUUUCAAGAUGUAGUGCUAGAAGGCAAGGCUUCGUCCUGGGAUGUCAGCAAGAUCGGGGGUCUGGCGGAUGAAGUGCCACAUGUGAAGCUUUCAUUUCCUUCAUGUCCUCUAUGUUCCUCAGUCCUCUGCCAUGUUAUCCAGGUGUACUGCCCCCUGGAGGGGUCCCGAUACCAUCGCAUUAUCCACGUGUUUGCAUGCAGUACAAAGUCAUGUUGGGGUAAACGUCAUAGCUGGGUGGCAUUACGAUCACAGUGCCUCGAGACCCGUAACCCACAGGUCACACAAGAGGUGCCGAAGCAGGAAGAAAAGAUGGCAGCUACAGACUGGUGUGAAGAUGCCAAUGAUUGGGGGUUUGAUGAAGAUGAACCAGAAGUCGCACCCGUCCAGUCACAUGCCUCUAGUUGCCCGGCCGCUCCUGUGCCCACAGACUGGACGUCACAGCUCCAGAACCUGUCACUUACGGACACAUCAGAGACUGUACAGUCUAGUGACUCUGCCUUCAGAUCUUAUUAUAUAGCAGUUGCAGAGGAGGAGGAUUGUGCCUGGGACGUGGAUCUGGACCAUGCACAUCGUCUCCUUAAGGAUUAUGAGAAACGAGAAGCGUCAGUAAUGGACCUGGACCUGCAAAGCUGUGAUGGGAAAGGAGAGGCGGAAAAAUAUGAAAAGUGCGACCUACAAAAUCGAGACCUUGUGUUUCACAAGUUUAUGAAGAAGAUCUCCCCGUGCCGUCAGCAAAUCCUUAGAUACUCCUGGAAUGGAAACCCCUUAUACAUGAGCCCCCCAGAUAUGGCAUCGCAGCCUCCCCCCUGCACACGCUGCGGAGCACAGAGGGUAUAUGAGUUCCAGGUGAUGCCAGCUCUUGUCGCCAUGUUGCAAGGAUCAAAAGCGGAUAUGUUGGUGGAGUUCGGGACAGUUCUCAUUUUCACCUGCGAGAGGAGCUGCUGGGAGGACGAGGACAAGAUCCCAGUACAGGAAUUCUGCGUCGUACAGGAAGACCCGGACCAGAGAUACUUUCAUUAGCUGAACUGGACAUUCUGCAUAUUUAUCCCUCUACAUUAUAUGACCAUUGAUAUUGCAGUAAAAUGAGAACCCUGAUUCAAGACAUCUGCCGGCAGGGCACCAAACAGCAGCAUUAAAGGGGUAUUCCGGUUCUAACAAGUUAUCCCCUAUCCACAGGAAAUGAGAACUAUCAGAUCGGUGGGGGUACGCUCAGCUCUCGUCAGUGCUCCCUUAGAAAUGAAUGGAGCGAUGGCACCGUUUUCCAGCCAUCUUCUCUGUCCAUUUCAAGGUACGAGACCCCUGUUCUCCCAGCAGAUAGGGGACAACUUGUUAUAACAAGACUACCAAUAAAGUCC